UGAUUUGAUCGGUUGAUUGAUUGGUUCUGUUUUAUGAUCUAACACAAUCAUAAUAACUUGUAUUGGCCCAUAAGGUAUCGACUCAUCAAAGUAUACCGACAUCCAUUUUAUUUAUAUUAAACUUCAUGAGUUAUCUUGACUUCAAGAUUGCCUUGACUUAAUAGUUGAUAUAGACGAACGUGUUAUAUCAACAUAGACUUAAAGUUAGAUAAGUUGUAAAAUGGUUAUGAGUCCUGAUUUGUACUUUCAUAUACUUGGAUUUAUAUUAUUUGAUGUUAUAAUGGUUUGCAUGUAUCCACUUGUUAUCUUUUUUGUAACUUGCCACUUGUUAUCUUUAAAUUAAUUAAAUCAUACAUUAACCAUUAUUUAACUUGAAUUCACAUAUGUCGUAGAGCACAUCUUGAUUUAGUUAUUGAACUCCAAUACUAAAAUACAGUUCACGUAUAGAAAAUAAAAGGUAAACUCGAACUGUCAACCUGUCAUACACAUGGUACAUCUCAGAGGUUCUCCUUAAUCUAGAGAUCAAGAAAAUGAUUUCAUACACCAUUUUCUAUCAUCGUACAACUAAAUAACACUUCAUUUUACCAGCAACUAAAUUAUCUAUAAUUUCGUAUAUAAUUCAAAAAGUUCUUAGUGUGUUCCAAAGGACGAAGGAGAAAACAAAACUUAGUAACAUAUGAAGCCUGAUUGAUAAGGGAUUUUAAUAAUCCUGAUUGAUUAUGGCUAUUUAAUAUAUUCCCAGUUGAUUAUGAAUAUCCAGGUCAACUUUAUCGAGUAGUUAAAAUUUUUGAAACAUAUAUUUCUAAAUCAUUCGAAAUGUUAAGAAAGUAGUUAAAAAUUAUUAAUUAUUAAUUCGUAAAGUACUUAAAUACUUAUUUUAUUUUAAUUUAUUUUUGCCAAAACUUACUUUAUAGAUUGUUGCUAUAUUUGUUUACUAUCACUUUCUACGUUCAGUAUCCGUUUGUUUUGCAUUAACUAUAUUUAUUCAUUGUCUUGAUCGAUAACACUAUUUCAACGCUUGUGAUGUAGAUCUUGAUGAUGUAUUUGUGAUGUUCUCAUUCGUUCGAUCACAACAAGAAUAUUAAUUAGUUUUUUUCUGAAAAAUUAAGAUAUUACAAAAACAAUUAUGGGUUACACUUGCACAUAAAAUGAGUUUACCACUAAACACAUUACAUAUGCAAAAAGAUCUGUUAGAAAGAUAUACAACAAUAUUAAGUUACAAAAAGAAAGAUAAAAAGGGUGUUUUAAAAAAAGUGAAGAUAUUUAAUUAUCAGGAGGGGAAAAAGAAGUUGAGAUACUUCAACAAAUAUUAUCGAGAACGAUACGUCAAAUUAGCUGUGGGGCGUCAAUGAUCGUCAAAGAACGUUCCGACUUCCGAGUGAAACACUUGUGUGUUAUGCAUGUGCGAUAAUUAGUCACAAGUUCACAACACAACCGGACUCACGUAAUAGAAACUACCUGUCCGAUAAAAAUGAUCAAACGAAGGAAGCCAAAUCCAACGAUCAGGAGAAGCAUCAUGUUUCAAGCUUUCUUUUCCUGCAUCGCACGGGAUCACCGCAAGUGGCAGUUUGUAAUAAUAAUAAAAUCUCAGGACGCCGACACAAACUGAAAAUGACGGUUAACGAGAAUCGUCGUAUAAUAAUUGUAGAAACCGACACUUUAUACCAAAGUUAGUUCAAACAUAAGCUACGAUUAGUAUUUUUAAUUUAUUAUUAUAGUUUAGCCAAUAAAAUAUAGACAUAUAUGAAGUGUUGCGACAGUAGCCAACGCAGUUGGAACUAGACUGUAUCAGUUUAAUAUGACGCCGACUAUUAUCGGGAUUUUAGGAAUGACAACCCAUUAACAGGGUUAUUUAUCGUGUUUUAAUUAAGCACACUUGCUAAUUAUCUCACUUUCUCUAAUCAAUAUUAGUUUAUUAUUUGUGAGUUGAUUGAUCUUUAAUUGUCUUUAUAAUUUCAUAUAAGACAAACGGUACAUGAGGAUGAGGUACAUUACAAGUCUUCUUAGUUCUCAUACCCCAUGCAAAUCUCUUGGAAUCCGAAGGACGUGGGCCAAGAAGUUUUAAUCUUGAUACAUAUAAAAUCUUUUGGAUUUGAGAAUCUUAGCUCUCGUAUGGUCAAAGAUUUAUUCAAUUUCCAUCGUCGUAUUGUCUUAUUCUUACCUCAAAUACAGAAAACCAAAACUAUUCUUAUCAUCAUAUGUCGCUAUAUGAUAUCUUUUGUUAUUAAUGAUAAAAAAAAUACGUUAGUAUAGUUGCUCUGAUAAGCAUCACUUAUUUUCACCGCAGUUUUUUAAAUACUGAUGAAUCUAUUACUUAGUUACUGUUCAUAAGCCAUAUCCUUGUUUAAGUUUAUAGAAUUCAUCAUUAUUUUCACUCCACUGGUAAAUAAUUAAAUGUUACAUAUUAGAAAAUAUUAUGUAAAGUUCAUCCAAGUACACACCGUAGCAUAAUAAGCAAAACACAAAUAGUUGUUUUAUUGGAUUUUCAGAAUCGCAUAUGACAAAACUUAAGUAAAAUAGCUGCUUAUAUCUUUUUUUUUGGCUUUCAAAAUGGUAGGUUUCCAACCCAAAAUGCUUAUCAGCUUUCCAAAUAUGUCGUACCACUUGACCACGAUUUUGUGGUUAGCUGCUUAUAUCUUUUCUUCGUAUAAAAGUUUUAUUUUCUACCACGAGCGUGUCAUAACUUGCUUGUCUUUUACAAUGAAUACACAAAACAAUCGUCAGUGACUCGUCCGGAACAUACUGAUCCGACCAUACAUUUGGUUUGCUAUUAGUCUCACACACUGAACUGUGCAUGUUUGCCAUGCAAAAUUUCGAAAUUGCGCGCUGCACUCCACGUUUGAUUCACUAGUCUCGAGAGUCGAGAAUCUGCAAGAAACUUGUUGACUCGACGAUAUUUUGUGAACACCAAUGCAAACCUGAAACCUCUUUCUUCAGAUAUUCUCUUCGAUAUAUGAAGCAAUGCAUUAACCUAAGUAAUAAUACCAACUCGCUGUGGCAAAUUGAACAUAGUCUAUACACUACAUUGCUUAUAUAGAUUUAUUUCUUUUUAAUGCAAAAAAUCCCGUACCAAAACCUAUAAGUUCUUCUGGACCAAAUACAAAAACCGAUUGCUAAAUCUUUUGCAUGUAGAUGUUGACACUCAAACCUUACAGCUCCACCCUUAAGAGCAUCUCCGAUGUAAAACUCUAUUUUUUCCUCCAAAAUAGAAUAAAAAUGAAAAUAGAGUAAAAUUGUUUCAAUUCUACUCUAUUUUCCACUCUAUAAUAGAGUGAUGAACAAAAAAAAUAGAUUACUCCAUUUAUGGAGUAAAUUUCAUUAUAAAGUGAGAUAUGAAGUUGGGUUAGAACAUUUCUUACUCGAUAUUUAUUAUUACUCUAUUUUAGAAAAAACAAUGAAGUAUGGAUGGAGGUGCCCUAAGAUAGAUCAUAGAAGUAUUUACCGGUAAAGUUAGCAGUCCCGGGUACUUAUUUAAAUUUACGGAGAUCUCUUUCAAAUAUUGUUUUAAACCUAACUAAACCAGUUCGAUGUAAAUGUCUUAACCGCAGUUUUCAAGCAUGACUCAUAAAGUCAUAUAAUGUUCAGUAGAAAGAAGACAUAUUUCUCUUGUUUUUCUACAAUUUUUUUCUUGUCACAAACAAAUGACUUUUAUAUAAUUUUAUCAUCCUUUCUAUCUAUUUCAUUUAAAAGGUAAUUUUAUAUUGUUUUAAAUAUCAAUAUAACAUUUAUAAUGAAUAUAUAAUUUAAAUCAAAUACAUUUAAAUUGAUAACAUUACAUAAAAUUUAUAUUCAGAAUAUAUGUUGGUAAAAAGGAAUGAUAUAUUGAAAUCAUUUAUUACUAUAUGUACGUAGAAGUAGAAAAUUAUAUAUUUAAUGCAGAAAAUAUCAAUAAAUCUGAUCUCACUGACUUGUCGUUAAAAUGUGGCUUGGAAUCAUUGGUUGAAACCAGUGGUGAUCAUUACAAAUUGAAGAAUAUUGAAUGAAGGUCUAUGAUCUUAUCUGAUUAAUUUGUUGUAAACUAUUAGCCCAAAACAUAAGGGGAAUGUAUACUCAUUGUAUAUUUACCACACACAUUUUCGUUUGUUACAUGUGUUCCACACCCAUUUUUACACAAACAAAACAAUUAAAAACAUCAAAAUUUUCAUGACAUAUUAAGUAAUAAGGAAACACUUUUAGUAAACACUUUUCAUAAGUACAGAAGACACAAGUUGAAGAUAGGCUCUAUUUUAAUAAUCAUCCACAUCAUCAUAUUGGAUUCAUGAACCUCUUCUCCUUCCUCCAACUAUAUAAACCUCUUCUCACCCAUUCUCUUCUGUCACCACUCUCAUAUCCAUCACACCAUACAGGCGAGUGAGAGUUUUAAAGACAGAACACGAAAGAGCCGACAAAAAUGCCUUCUCUCGAGAACUCUGUAACUGUAAUCUCAACAAACAAAGUCUUCCCUGACAAAAAGUCAACCCUCGCUGACCUCAAACUCUCCGUCUCCGAUCUCCCCAUGCUCUCUUGCCACUACAUCCAGAAAGGUUGUCUCUUCACUCGUCCCCACCUUACUCCACACGAGCUUCUCUCUCACCUCGAACACUCUCUCUCUCUAACCCUCUCUCACUUCCCUCCUCUCGCCGGCCGCCUCUCCACCUCCGAAGACGGCCACGUCUUCCUCUCCUGCAAUGACGCCGGCGCGGACAUCGUUUUCGCCGAGGCGAAGUCAGUCAGCGUCAGCGACGUUAUAACCGGAGGUGAUGUUCCCGGCGUGGUGAAGGAGUUUUUCUCCUACGACAGGGCGGUGAGUUACGAGGGACAUAACAGACCAAUCCUCGCCGUUCAAGUGACGGAGCUAAACGACGGCGUUUUCAUCGGAUGCUCCGUUAACCACGCCGUGGUCGACGGAACGUCGUUGUGGAACUUCGUUAACACGUUCGCGGAGGUGUCUAGAGGAGCUGAGAAUGUGACACGUCAGCCAGAUUUUACGCGGGAGUCCGUGCUAAUCUCACCGGCCGUGCUGAAAGUGCCUCGAGGUGGGCCCAAGGUGACGUUCGACGAGAACGCGCCGUUACGGGAACGGAUUUUCAGUUUCACCAGGGAACAGAUUCUCGAGCUGAAAGCGAUGGUGAACGGCGAGAGAAACGGCGUUGAGGUGUUGGGGAAGCAGAGCAACGAUAAACUUAACGGUAAACUAACGGAAAUGUUGGAGAGUUUGUUAGGGAGCAACGACGCCGUUUCGAAAACAGAGAGCAAGCGGGAGAUCUCGUCGUUUCAGUCUCUAUGCGCUUUGCUCUGGCGCGCGAUCACUCGAGCGAGGAACCUUCCGAGCGCUAAAACGACGACGUUUCGCAUGGCCGUCAACGUCCGCCACCGCCUAAGCCCGAAACUGAAUCCGGAGUACUUCGGAAACGCGAUCCAGAGCGUUCCGACGUUCGCGACGGCGGGAGAAGUUCUGUCUCGGGAUAUCCGGUGGACCGCCGAUCAGCUCAACCGGAGCGUGGCGGCUCACGGAGACGAGAGAAUCCGAGAAGUCGUGGCGGAUUGGGAGGCGAAUCCGAGGUGUUUUCCGCUCGGGAAUGCCGACGGAGCUUCGGUGACGAUGGGGAGCUCGCCGAGGUUUCCGAUGUACGAGAACGACUUCGGGUGGGGGAAGCCGGUGGCGGUUAGAAGCGGACGGGCGAAUAAGUUCGACGGGAAGAUCUCGGCGUUUCCGGGGAGAGAUGGAAACGGGAGCGUUGAUUUGGAGGUGGUCAUAGCGCCGGAGACGAUGGCUGGGAUAGAAUGCGACGGCGAGUUUAUGCGGGAGAAAGAAUCCACCAUUUUUGGGAAUGAUAUCACCAAAAAAAUGCAGAAGAAAAGUUUAUCCUUUCUCUCCUCUUCUCACAUCAUAUGGAAACCCAACACGCAAUUCAAGAAAAGAUGGGCUUAUCCAACUCCGUAAUAUCACUCAAAUGAAAAGGGUAGAUCAGUCAAUUACCAUACAUACAUAAACAUAAACACAUUCUUCUCUUCUUCAAACGUCAACUCGAUCGCGU